GGAGAGACGACUAGCUGCAGGCUAAAGAUGCAAAGUCUGAAAUGCUAUCAGAGGUGGAUUUGUCUCCUGCACUGAUGGCUCGCAUCAUCCUGGACAGAUUCCUUCAGGACCUGGAGGGUGGAAUGCCUUCUAAAACGGUCCUCAGCAGUAUGCUUAAGGAGCCAUCGUUAAUCCCAGACCAAGUUUUGGCCAAGAACAUCUACCAAUGCACAAUAAAUGACUGCUGUUAUGGACCGCUGGUAGACUGCAUCAAACACGCCAUUGGCCAAGAACAUGAGGUGCUGCUGCGGGACAAACUCAAGGAGAGAAACCUUUCCUUUCUGGAUGAAAACCAACUGAGAGCUAUGGGCUAUGACAAAACACCUGAUAUCAUCCUUGAGGUUCCAAUCGCUGUGGAAGGACACAUUGUACACUGGAUUGAGAGCAAAGCCUCAUUUGGGGACGACUACAGUCAUCGCACCUAUCUCAACGAGCAGUUCUGGAGCUACUGGAACAGGUUCGGGCCCGGCCUUGUGAUUUACUGGUAUGGCUUUAUAGGAGAGCUGGACUGCCAGAGAGACAGAGGUAUCCUGCUCAAAGACUGCUUCCCUUCAGACAUCGCCACCCUGUGUCAUGUCACCCAGCAGGACCAACUGCCACAAGAGCCACAAGACCCAGAAUAAGGACAAAGAGUGAGAAAAGAUGAGAAGUGGAGGAAAAAAAAAAAAAAAUUACGUAGAGAUGGGAGGAUGAAUGGAAGGAAAGAAAGAGGAAGACAAGGAGGCGGGGAGGGUUGGAACACUGAAGUAUACAGGGGUGGAUACCAAGAUCCAGAAGCAAUUUGGUUUUCCUGCAGUGUGAAACUACUGCCCUGAACUCCACCUGACCCUCUGUCUCUGUCUGUCUCUCCCUUUCUUCCUCUCGUUCAAUGCCCCAAAGCUACCACAUGUAAAUACACACCAGCACUCUGUAUAUCUGACAGCACAGGGUCAGAUUCAUACCUGAGUGUGAAGCACACUCUUGGCGGCUUUCCUGGUUGCAGCCGGCGCCUGGCCCCUGGAUGGCCCCGUGCUAUGGACAACCAGGGUGAGAGCCGGGGCCAAAGCAGGACAUAAGGCCCUUCCUUAUCACACCCAAAGCCCUGGCCUUUGUCACUCUUUCCUCCUCCGUUACAUUUACGCAGAUAAGCGAGGUGCGGUCUGCGUGGACGCCUGUCUCUCACCUGCGUCACUCAGUGCCCUCUCACUCCCUCUCCAGGGGGUAAACAGGAUCAUUUCUGAUUAAGCUGGCCUCACUGUGACCCUUUUCACUUCACAUUAGAAAAUCUAUUGAGGUCCGAAGCAACGGCUCACAUCACAACUUAAGUCCAUCACAAAAAUAUCAAACCAUUGUAGCAGUGUAUUUUGUGUGGAUUAUCCUUUAACUUGUAAAUUUCUGUAGAUUACUUAACGCCAAAUUUUUAUUUUUGUAAUAGUUUUUCACACAGAGACUCAUGUGUCUACUAUUCUCUUUGGCUUAAAUCAUAUCAAUCGUAAAAACACAAUUUGUUAGUUUCUCAAAAAGUUACAAUGAAUCAGAUAAAACAAGUAAAUCAUCACAUAUGAGAAUCUUGUUUAAUUGCUCUGCUUCACACAAUGAUCAAUUUAUAUUUAAAUUCUUGACGAUUCAUUUUGUUUCUAUCCUUGAUUAGUUAAGAGAUGAAUUGGUGACAAGUUGACAGAGUUAUUCAUCCAGACUGAAGACUGUAACUUCAGAUUGUGUGUUAGCUAACGUAUAGCCUGAAGUUACAGUGUUCUCCACACAAUAGAUUAAAGCAGCUGUUAAGCUAAAAUUCUUAUAAAUUGGCACUGUGUUCGCUCCAUUAUAUUUCUGUAGCAAUGUCCAAAAAACAGAAAAAUGUAUCUGUGUUGUUUUUUAUUUCACAUUUGACAUUGUAAUGAUGAAGAAUCAUGCAAAAAAACCUUGUACGGUGCAGUUUUGUAUGUUAACGAUAAAUAAAUAACUUUUGAUCAAAA